AUGGAUGUUCUAUUAAGUUUGGAAAAGCAAUUUGCUGCGUUACGUGACAAGAUUUAUGAUGAUCGUAUUGCGAGUAUAAAUGACGAACUUGCGCAGCUGGAAAAGCCAAACCCAACCCAUCCGGAAUUCCUCCGUCAACUUCGGAUCAUCGAGAAUUAUCGUGAUGAGAAGAUGAAACAUGAGGAGAAGCUAUUCUCUUAUAAACUGAGAUCUAUCUGCAUUCGGAGCCAAGCUGAACGGAGCCAGGUGAACAGCUCAUACUUCCAAAAUAGUCGUGACACUCGGGAGCGGUAUCUUCAGGAAAUUUCAGAGCAUCAUUAUAGAGUACAACACGAUCGCUUCAAUACUGGUGAAACAAUCACCGACUAUCGCAUCCCUUUCCCUACUCAGAGAGUUCAACAAGCAGCUCAGCUUGCUGCAUACAACACGGAAGUCGGCAUCCUUUCUGGAACAGCAAAACAUGUUGGAUUUCCAUCAGCGCCCGACAUGGAAAGCCUUCGACCCCAUGAGAUUGAACAAGAUUUCAUAAAGCUAGGAAUCUCAUUGCGGCCAACCAUUCCCGCACCAUUACCUUCUGUUUCCUUUUCACAACACAACCAUAUUUCGUCGUCAUCUGCAGUAGCAAUUCGACAGGCCGCAGAAGAAGAGUUCAUUGAGCAGACACCGUGGGCAAACCCUCAACACCCCAUUCAUGAACAAUUUCGGCAUCAGAUGCAGCAAGACAGGAUCCCAGAAUAUAAACGGUACCCGAACACUUUUUCUACUCCUGCCGCCCAGCUACAUGCUGUCGACUUGAAUGCACCCAAUGGAUCCGCAUCAACGAUUCCAGAUUCAGUUUCGGCGCCUAAUUCCUCCACCGCGCACACCCCAUACAACUACGACCGGCCUCGUCGAAACUUCGGUCUGGUUUCUGAUAAGUUCACUGGUCGCCACGUCGAAACAGAUGACAACGAAGGGCACGUUUCAUUCAGAUCCCUAUCUGCGUCACCGCUUGAUGUCCGCCGAUCUCACCCGUCAACAAAGGUGGACGCCCCCCAACGCUCGCCUGCUCCAUCGGUGAUUGGUCCAAUGGGCCCUCCCAAUUCCUCAAGAGAUGUACCCAUUUCGCCGUCAGCAUCAACUGCACGGGCUGGUCGACUCGGGCUGGCUACAAGAGAGGAGCAGCCCCGGGCUUCCUCGCCCAAACAGACAGCUCCGAUUUUUGGCCCAACGCAUCAGAGCGCUGGGAUUACAACUGGAGGCUCUGAGCGCUUCGGACUCGCGAAUCCAUGA